GGGUGCGAGGUGUUUUUUUUAAUGUUACCUCCGAAACGCCGGGGUGGUGGCAGUGGCUCUCCAGGGCCGGGGUGGGGAGGAUGGGACGGAUAUCUCCUCUCACCCAGCGUUUCCUGAGCCGCUCAUCAGCGCAGGAAACCCCGGGAGCAGCGGCAGGGAGGGAUGGGGCCGUCAGAGAAGAGGGAAUCUGCUGAAGCUACAUCCACAGCCUUCUGGAUGCCCGGCGAGUGCUCCCCUUCUACCGGAGCGAAAUCCCACUUGGAAAUUUCCAAACCUCCUCUGCCCUGCUCUCCACAGCCAAAACUCUGGUCUGGAAAAGACUCGAGUGGGUGUUAAACGAGAUUUCAACUCCCACUGUGGCUUCUGCCUCAUCCCCCAGCUGGAAAACGCUCAGCCUGGCCUGAACCGGGAUGGUUUUUCGGUUCUAUUCCAACUCCGCGCACUCAUUUCAAGCAGCAGGAGUUAAAAACCGGCCGGGCCGCUGCCGGGCCCCUUAAGCCGGGCUAUUAACACCUCUAAUCGCCUGCUCCAGGCGCAAUUUCCCGCUGGAUGCGGCGGCCCUGCCCGCAGGACUCCACCAGCCCGGAUUAGAUCGUUCCGGCCGAGCAAUUAGGCCACGCUCAGUCCAGCAAAGCGCGGCAGCAAUUAUGCCCGUCCUAUUAACACUGACAGGGCUGGCGCUAUUUUUAGAAUCUACCCUGCGGGGUUUUUGUCCUCCUCCUCCCCUUCCUGAAAUGAUUUUUUCCCCAGGUCUCCACGGUCCAUUGGGUUGAUUUCGGCACGGCCAGCUGGGAACUUUGGAGGGGGCAUUUUCCUCUGCCGGCCGUGUCGCGCUGUUAUUUCCUCUGAUAAUAAAAUGGGAAUGAAGCCGCGCCGGAGCCGCGUCCGGGGGCUGCGGGGGCUCUGCCAGCGGGAAAAUCCCGCCCUGUCUUCACCCCUAAAAUCUCUUCCCAGCCCAGCUGUGAACCCCUACGGAAGUCAGUGAGCGGAGGGUGCAAUGGGAGAGGUUAUCCCGAGGGAAUCCAUCCUGCCUGGAGCUCAUCCCGUGCGCGGCAUUCUCCUCCUUUUUAAUCCCAAAAGGAGGGAUGAAGGAGGGGCUCAGGGGAGGGAUGGAUGGAUGGAUGGAUGGAUGGAUGGAUGGAUGGAUGGAUGGAUGGAUGGACGGAUAUUGGGGUGCAGGGCAGCAGCUGCAGGUGUGGCGGUCUCGGUGCGGAUCCUCUGGGGUGGUUUUGGGGUUCCAGGAAUGGGUGGGGGAGUCACGGGCAGCAGGUGCGGCAGAGCGGGGUCCCGGUGCGGGUCGGGCGUGGAUGGGAUGCCCAUUCAGCAGGAUGCGGUACCGAUGCGGAUGCACUGCCCAGGAUGCGGUCCCGGCCGGUCCCGGUGCGGGUGGGAUGAUGCCGGUGCAGAUCGCGUGCGGGUGCAGCUCCCGGUCUCGGUGUGCGGAUCCCGCCCUGCCCCCGGUGCCGGUCCCGUUAGAAUGCUGAUCCCCGGUUUGAGAUACCGAUCCCCGCAGGAUGCGGGUCCCUGUCCCCAGUACCGGUCCCGGUAGGAUGCAGAUCCCUGCCCCCGGUGCCGGUCCCGGUCGGAUGCCCAUCCCUGCCCCCGGUGCCGGUCCCGGUCUGAUGCCGGUCCUUACUCCCGGUGCCGGUCCCGGUAGGAUGCAGAUCCCUGCCCCCGGUGCCGGUCCCGGUCGGAUGCCCGUCCUUACCCUCGGUGCCGGUCCUGAUAGGAUAUAGAUCCUUACCCCCGGUGCCGGUCCCGGUCUGAUGCCGGUCCUUACUCCCGGUGCCGAUCCCGGUAGGAUGCAGAUCCCUGCCCCCGGUGCCGGUCCCGGUCUGAUGCCGGUCCUUACUCCCGGUGCCGGUCCCGGUAGGAUGCAGAUCCCUGCCCGCGGUGCCGGUGCGGGCGCUGCCGCCGCUGCCGGGGAGGCGGGCGGGAGGCGGGCCGGUGACUCAUGGCUUCCCACCGGCUGCGGCUCCUCCCCGCGGCCGCCGGCCCCGCGCAGCCCCCGGCACAUGGGCCGCGGCUCCGGCAGCGCGGAGCUGGCCAUGGCCGCAGCGCCCGCCCGCUGCCCCGACUGCCCGGGGCCGGAGCGGGGGGGCGGCGGCGGGACCCCCGCAGUGCCGCACCUCGGCAUUGCGGUGGACGAGGGGGACGUGCUGCCCGGGGCGCUGCGGAUCGUGCGGCAGCUCAGACCCGCCUGGGAGCCGGCCACGGUGAAGACCAAGCUCUUCACCGACGGCAUCACCAACAAGCUGGUGGCGUGCUACCGGGACGAGGCGAUGGGGGACGCGCUGCUGGUGCGGGUGUACGGCCGCAGGACGGAGCUGCUGGUGGACAGGGAGACGGAGCUCAGGAACUUCCAGGUGCUGCGAGCCCACGGCUGCGCCCCCGACCUGUACUGCGCCUUCCAGAACGGGCUGUGCUACCAGUUCCUGCCCGGAGUGGCGCUGGGGCCCGAGCACGUGCGGGAUCCCCACGUCUUCAGGCUGGUGGCCCGGGAGAUGGCUCGAGUCCACGCCAUCCACGCCAACGGGAGCCUCCCCCGGCCCAUCCUGUGGCAGAAGCUGCACAAAUACCUCAGCCUGGUGAAGACAGAGCUCAGCCCAAAGGUAUCCAACCCCAGCCUCCCGCAGGACGUGCCCGGCCCCGCGGCGCUGCAGCAGGAGCUGGCCUGGAUGCAGGAGACGCUGUCGCAGCUGGGCUCGCCCGUGGUGCUGUGCCACAACGACCUCCUGUGCAAGAACAUCAUCUACGACAGCACACGAGAGCGCGUGCGCUUCAUCGACUACGAGUACACGGGCUACAACUACCAGGCCUUCGACAUCGGCAACCACUUCAACGAGUUCGCAGGUGUGAAGGAGGUGGAUUAUGGCCUGUACCCCAGCAAGGAGCUGCAGCUGCAGUGGCUGCACUCCUACCUGCAGGCCUACAAGGAGCUCACCCAGGGGCACCCAGGGGACACCCAGGUGUCCGAGGAGGAGCUGGAAACUCUCUACGUGCAAGUGAACAAGUUCUCCUUGGCAUCCCAUUUCCUCUGGGCGUGCUGGGGCCUGAUCCAGGAUAAAUACUCGACCAUAGACUUUAAUUUCUUAAGAUAUGCAAAGCUAAGGUUUAAACAAUACUUCAAGAUGAAGCCGGUGGUGGCAGCCCUGCAGGUCCCCAAAUAGGCGCCACCCCGAGCUCUGCUGUCCUGGCCGUGCCCUCGCAGCCCCCUCGCCCCUGGGGCCAAGAGGAGCCCUGCCCCGGCCACCACCGCUCCCAGGAGAGCCUGGACACCCCCGAGACUGGACCAUGAGAUGCUGGAGAGGACCACGGCCCCGGCGAGGCCCCAGCCCAGGCGCGGGAGCCUCAGCAUCGCCUUAAAGCCGAGCCCAGCUCGGCCCCGGUGCCCGGCGGGUCCCUGCCCUGCUGGCACCGCCCCCGGCCCCGCGCUGUCCCCGAGGGGGGGGCACGGGGUCACCCCGUCUGCUCAGGAGCCCCCACGGCUGCCCUGUCACUUUGCUGUGCCCUCUGUCCCCUCCUGCCCCGCUGGGUGCCACCCCCACAGCAGCACCGGGACCCUUUUCCGUGAGGGGUGGGAGUGCAGGGGAAGGGGCAGGGCACGGGAGCCACGAGGGUCUGGCACCAAUGGGGCACUGGGUGUCCCCACAGCCGCCCCUGGGUGUCCCCACUGUCCCCUCCCUGUCCCCACUGACUCCCUUAGCUUGGUGGCUUUUCCCCCGCUGUGCUGCCAGAGCAGCUUCCCAGCUCUGCCUUCGCCCUCUCCCCCAGGGUCAGGGGGGUCCAGGGGGGUCCAGGGGGUCGGUCCUGCCUGUCCCCACCGCUGUCCUCCUCCCUUGGCCGUGUCCCCACCCCCGGGAGGAGCUGCCCCGCUCCAGGACCAGGCACAGCUUCACCCCCCUGCGCUGCUGAGCCCCGUCCAGCUCAAUCAGAGCCCUGUGUCCCUGUCCUGGCUGUGGGGACAAGGUGACAGUCCCUUGUCUGGGCACAGGGACCUCCCCCAGAGCUCUGUGUCCCUGUCCUGGCUGUGGGGACAAGGUGACAGUCCCUUGUCUGGGCACAGGGACCUCCCCCAUUUGGACCCAGGGCUGCUGGUGGUGCAAAAUAAAAGCUGCUGGUAGCUGGAAUUUGGGGGUGGUGGAUCUGGGGGGGCUUGUGCUGGAGCAAGGGCAGCACCCCUGGGUCUGGGGGUGCUCCUGUCCCUUCCAUACCUGGAGAUGUCCCCAUCCAACCCCGAUCUGGUGCAGCCCAGGCCCCGUUCUCUGCUCCAAAAAGUCACUUUUAUUGUGCCAAGGGACAGGGGGAGGAACGAUUGUAAACAGGGAUGUGAAAUAUACAGGUUAAGUUACUCAUUGUCUUAUUAACAAAAUAAAGCUCUAUCUAUA